CAUUUUAAGGUGCAAGGAAACUUAGUUCCGCAAUAGAACAAAGAAAAAGAGGUGAUAACACAUCCAAGGACCUAGUCAGGAUAGCUUAACGUACAUCAGGAAGAGGGAUGUCAGAUUCAGACACUUCUUCUACAUCAGGCCCUCAAGACGACAGCAAUAUGAGUCUUGGUAGUAGCGGCGACGUCAGUAGGCGUAAGAGAGAGACAGACUACUUCAACCUCGUAGACUACGGUGAUUCGGACGAGAAUUCCAGGCCUCCCUCACCUAAGAGACGCCGAUCAACAGAUUCCCGUUUAGAGGUGCUACAGAGUCAGAUCGACACGUUAACGUCUUUAAUAUCACAACGAGCCCCCCUUGGGCAGGCAAAGGAUCUGACAGCUACAUCGACAGUCGACCCAUCUUUUUUGUCAAAACCUACAGUAAACGCCAGGGUCCUGAGUCUAGGUGAUUUUAGAACAGAUGUUGACGAAGGCAAAAGAGUGCGCCCGGCCAGUGAUGAACGAUUGAAAAUCCUAGACAACUUACAGCGCUUCGGAAUGGGAGAAUGGAAGGAGGUUAGAUACGCAAGUGCCCUCAAAAAUUUCUCGGCUUCACCAGGCUUUAUGGAACUCAAGGUGAACGAAGAACUGUAUCAUUUUGGUAAGAGGGAUCCGCUACUCCCAACAGAUCGGGCUCUGGGUGGUCUUUGCAACGCAGUACUUGAGCAGAAGGAAUUGCUAAAGAACAGCCUGCAGAGUAUCGUGAACUGGGCCUUCACAGAGCCCUCUGAGCUAUCAUCUGAAUCGCUUUUCGAAAGAUUGACAUCAACAUCUGGCGCGGGCUCACAAAUGUCCAAGAACUUUGAUCAGAUCCUCCAAGUUAUAUAUGGGAAGAGGGCCGAAUGUAUCGAAAACAGGAGAGAGCGCUUACUCGAUGAGGUGCCCAACAAGACGGUUCGGGCUGCGUUGCGGCAGGUUCCGCCCAGUGCUGAGUGCCUGUUUGGUAAAGAGAAACUGCAGCCUUUAAUCCAGUCGUUAGGGGGCUCUCAGACAUGGCUAAACACUCCAUCGUACAUGAUGACCAAGAAACCUACCAUCAAGAAGGAUUUCACUUCAGCAAAGUCAAAUAGGCACUACUUUCGAUUCCCAAACAGAACAUACCAAAAUUCUAAGGAGAAUUUCAACCCACAGCAGAACAACUUCAAGACCAGAAGCGGGGGAAAGAAGGAUUUUAAGGGUAAGACCGAAAAUUCCUUUCACAAGAAACAAGGGAAAUGACCAGCCGUCGCUGCCAAAGUUCGUGGGAGGUCAGCUAGCUGGCUUCCAGGAGAGAUGGAGGAAAUCGGAAGCUCCUUCGGUCAUCUUAAAACUAAUAACAGGUACAAGAAUUCCAUUAAUAUCCAAACCACCUCUCAUAAACAAUUGGAGACACUCCAGAUUUGCAACAAAAGUAUCCCCAGAGAUGUCAGAACAGAUCAAUCUCUUACAAUGCCAAAGAAUUUUAUAACAACCAAAGAAAGUCGGAGCAAGCUUUGUUUCAAAGAUGUUCCUGCUCCCCAAGAGCAGCGGAGGAGUGAGGCCCAUUUUCGACUUGCGUGGUCUCAACAACCACGUGAGAGUAAGGAAAUUCCAACUAAUCUCUCACUUCAGAAUUCCAGACUUUUUACAGGACGGAGACUGGAUGACUCGGAUAGACCUAUCCCAAGCAUAUUUCCAUGUACCAAUUGCUGCAUCCCACAGACAUCUCCUUCGUAUCGUAUACGACAAGAAGCUGUUUCAGAUGACGAGCUUGCCCUUUGGCCUCUCAUCUGCCCCUCAAAUCUUCGCGACUAUCACGAAUUGGAUUGCGGAAAUCCUUCGUGCGCAAGGUAUGAGGGUAGCCGUAUAUUUGGACGACUUUCUACUGGUCUCUCAAAACAGAACCAACUUAGCCCAUCAGAUAGUGGAGGCAGUAGAACUUUUGGAGCACUUGGGUUGGCAAGUCAACCAUCAAAAAUGUGCAUUAAUCCCAUGCCAGAAGCUGGAGUUUCUGGGAAUUGUCUGGAACACCCAGAACAAUCAGAUCAGCCUACCAAGGAAAAAAGCCCGCAAGAUUGCGGACUCAAUCAAGGAUCUCAGGACCAGGGGGAGCUGUACCCUGAAACAGAUCCAGUGCCUUCUAGGCCAGUUGAAUUUUGCCAAUUUCGUCAUCGACAGAGGGCGUCUUCACUGCCGCCACCUUCAACGGUUUUCUAUGACCUUUCGACAGGGGAGGCCGCGGGAGAAGCUGUCAGUUCCACGCACAGCAAUAAGAGAGCUGGAAUGGUGGAGCGAAGCCACAGUUACCGCUGCUUGUCUUCACUAGAGCGAAAUUACCCACUUUUUGACUACAGACGCAGCGGACGCAGGGUGGGGAGCACAGUUGAAUGGAAUCCUCAUCUCCGGAACCUGGACAAGACAGCAGAGCAUGUGGCACUCCAACCUAAAGGAGAUGUAUGCGGUGUACGCCUCGAUAAGAGAUCAGGCACAGAGCCUGCAAAGGACUCACAUUCUUUUACAAACAGACAACCGAACUCUGGUAGCUUAUAUCCAGAAGGAAGGGGGUACAAGAUCCUUAGAUCUACUCAAUCUCACCUUCCAGUUGUUGAAACUAGUCGACGGCCUGCAAAUAACUCUAUCUGCGGCCUAUCUCCCAGGGAGAUACAAUGGUAUAGCAGACCGGCUGUCACGAAGAAGGGCGCUUCCGGAGUGGCACCUUCUACCAGAGGCAACAAGCCAGAUUUUCAAAAGAUGGGGCAUCCCCGACAUCGAUCUCUUCGCAUCAGCGAAUUCAGCCGUGGUCAAACGCUACGUCUCCAGAGACUCCACAGAUCAAUACGCCUACUUCAUAGACGCAUUCAGUCGUCCAUGGGAUUGCAGACUGGGAUGGGUGUUCCCUCCACCCAGCCUCAUCCCCAGAGUCUUGGCACACUUGAACAAGAGCAGAGGACAGGUACUGAUCGUAACCCCCAACUGGGAGAGGACGUUCUGGAUGUCAGACCUAAUCCGGAGAUCUACGGAGCCACCAAUGCCGAUUCCAAUGUUGGAGAGGGUGCUAAAAGACAUCACGACCGGUCAACCACCCCCAGAGAUCGAGCGCCUUUCUCUCCAGGUGUGGAAGGUUGGGUGUGGGGAGAACUAGUCAACGACUGGUCCACGCAAGAGAAGGAGCUGGUUAAAGGAAGCUGGCGCCGGUCGACACUAGAGACCUACAAGACUCCUAUUCGUAGGUGGAUUAACUGGUGUGAGCAGAAUAACAUCAAUCCAGGGGCACCACGGGGCCAGGAUUUAGCAAGAUUUUUAGCAAACCUAUUUAUCACACAGGACCUUGCAUACAGCACUAUCUUAGUGCAUAAGUCAGCUGUUGCCACAUUCUGCUCAGGGAACUCUUCGGGAACUUUGUCAUCAGAUUUUUUAGUGCAUCGAGUCCUCAAGGCCAUCUCGAUCGCUAAGCCAAGAGAGAGAAGAACAGAGAUUUGGGAUGCUCAAGUUCUGCUAGAUUGGCUGAGCACACCGGCGGACAAGCUAUCGUUCUUCGAGAUCUCGCGAAGGGCUGCAGCCGUGCUGCUGAUAGCUUCUGGACGGCGUAUCCACGACCUUACUCUACUAAAAAUAUCAAAGAACUUUAUUACAAACUUGGGUAACGAAAUUAUUUUGUGGCCAGAUUUUGGCUCCAAGACAGACCGAGGCAGCUUCAGACAGUCAGGAUGGAAGCUGUCAAGACACCCAAACAUAUGGCUCUGUCCUGUAACAUGGCUCAGAGCGUUGCUGAAAAAAUCGGAGGACAGACGGGCAACGGAAGGGUUGGACCAAGUUUUCAUUACGGUAACUGGACCUGUAAAACCAGCUUCUACAUCAGUCAUUGGCGGAUGGAUUCGAUCCGUCCUUAAAGCAGCGGGGAUAGAUGCUUCCCCAGGGAGUAUCAGAUCGGCUGUCGCUUCUCGUGGAUGGCUGGACAAUAUACCAAUUCAGGACAUUCUGGACAGAGGAAAUUGGAAAUGUGUCGAAACAUUCAGAAAGCAUUACUGUAGACAGGUGAAGGGCUCGGAUCAGGGCAAUUCCAGUUUAUUAUUCACUAAUUUUACUCCAAUAUAAGAAUUAUUCCUACUUAAAUGUUACCAAAGAUAGUUUUAAAAAAAAAAAAAAAAAAAAAAAAAAAAAAAAAAAAAAAUAUAAUCAAGAUAAAGUAUAUAAAUCUCUA